UAUUGCUCAUCCAUGUACAAAAGCGGAGAUUCAACAUGACUAAUGUAGGUAUAAAACUCAAAUCUGGCAACCCAGGGUGAGUGUGCUGACACUUGCUGUUUGAUUUUAAGCUGACACAGACAUUUUGUAGGUCAACCUCAGCGUCAGACGUCCCAGCUGAUGUUCACCGUGUGAUUCCAGCCACCAGAUGGCAGAACGGAUCCGGUUUCUCUCCGCUGUGACCUUGCCCUGCUUCUAGAGGGUCAGUUAAUUCUUUGCCCCAACCACCCCCUCUGAGCUAAAAGCAUGCAAACACUCGCUGAAUGAGCCACAGUGGUUUUCUGUGGUGCGUUCUGGCAGAACUAAUUCCUGGUUAGGAGAUAAAAAGCUUUGCUGCUCCAGAGUUGAACUUCAGAAGAAAGGGAUCUCCUAACUCUUGGAAAGAAGGUGGGUGUUUGGAAAACAAGAAGUUGACUUUGCUGUGUAUUUGCACUUCUAUGAUUUUGUAUAUCUGAGAAGCUUCUUGCAUGUAUUCCAUACACGGUGUCAAGGUUCCUAAAUAUGUGUGUGACAUAGGUGCUACAAGUUUUUCCUCCCUGAGGGGAUAUUGCUCCAUAAACUCAGCCAGUUGCUGAUGUCAUUCUGCAGCUUUGCUGAUACAUGUUUCUUAUUAAAAUCAGCAUAAAACCCCCCCAGAUUAAUUUAUUGUUUGAACACACAUCGUAUCUCAAACCUUUUGCUUUGCUGGGUUUCUCUCAGAUUGUCUUAGUUCUGUUUAGCAAGCACUGACCUAAAUACAGUAAUCAAUUUGUACAUGAGAUAAAGAUGGCUCUGUUUCCUUGUGACAGAGUGCUGGAGAGCCAGAUUUACUAUAACAGCCACAUGAUCGUUGUUGUUUAUGUUGUGUUGCCUGAGCUUCACUCAGGCUGCUAAGGUCAAAGAGUAAAGGGGCAACGUAACACCACAGACUGAACAGAUCCGCUCCUGCACCCUGCACACGUCCAGGAUGGACGUAGGAAAAUAUCGGAGUGUUUGCGGUUGCAACAAUAUGAACACAUUUUGAACGUCAGUAAACAGCAGGUGGACCAAGUCGGGGCUAAUUGUAUAUUUUAUGUAAAUGUUCUCCCUGCAGCUUGUUGCUGCUGAUAAAUAUCCUGUUUAUUUGUCAUUUUGCUAUCAUGAGAUUGAUGAACAGCAUUGUUAGCAUUUCCUUUUUGGGCGUGGCAGACUUAAAAAAAACAAAACAGUUCUGUAGUUCAUAGCUCUAACCUUAAGGAUUCAACAAUUACAUUAUGUUGUAAAUACUGAACAGUCGAGUCUUUAGAUCCCUGAUGUGAUGUUCAUUUUUGUACAGCGUAAAUGCUGUAUGUUACAGCAGUGGUCCAUUUAUUAUAGGAUCCAAAAUAAUUUAUUUUAGGAUCAGCCAGCUGGUGAUCCAUGGUAGACAGAUAUAAAUAGGUUUUAUAGUGCAGUGUUAGGCACCUGAGCAAUGGAGAAACAAGAGCAGAUUGUAAAGUUUUCAUUCUGAAAACGAUUUAAAAAUCAGAGCAAAAUUGAACCUUUUAAUUUGGAUAUAUGUAUCCAAUAAGGAGAAAAAAAUAUUUCAAAUAAAAAAAAUGAGGUAAGGUACUGCUGUUUUCAAUAAGUGGCUCUUCAGUUAUAUCAUAGUUCAGUUAAACAAUUUGUAUGUGAAGAUAGUUAUAACAGUAGUUCUUCCUUCCUAUUACUUGCUUAACAGGUUUUGUUCAUGAUCUGUUUUUAAAUCACUCUGUCUGGUUUGUUUCAGCUCUGCUUCACCCUUAUAAACAUAUGAUCUAAAUGAUUGGUAAUAUAUGCAUUUCUUUACAAGAGAUAAAACUUGUAAUAAUAAUAGCUGAGCACAAGAAUAAACAGAAAAGGUUAUUUGUGGAAAACUCCCUGCUGGAACCUGUGUCGUGACAUCAGAGACGUUAUUAGGAACGUACCACGCGCCUGCGCACAUUCAUGACCGUUGACUUUCAGUGUGCUUCACUAGUAGACACUUGCAGCUCUGUUCCAGCACCUCACUAAAAUGUUGAACUCUUUGUGUGUACGUGUGCGUUGAUGACAAUAAACCACACACGUAUCCAUACACACUCACACACACUCUCACAUGAUCAUCAAUAAAGUCCGUAAUAACACCUAAAGUCGCAGCUGUUCUCUGACCGGAGCACAUAGUCAGUGAGGGAGCGACUAGCUAUCAACGUACACGUCCGUCACAAGUGGUCCUUCGAGCCGGAUUAAGCUCCGCCCACUGCGCUAUGGCGACCUUCCCAGGUGAAUACGGAGAGGACAACAUCCAAGCCCGUCCUCAGAGAAUGAGACAGCUCCCACGGCAUCUUGGGGACUACGAACUCGGUUUCCCAGCCAAACAGCUGUCCCCCUUUGAUCAACAUCUCCAUCAGCCGACCGUGAGUCAACCAGCUAGACAGCUAGCGUCUGCCGACUUCAUCACGCCUGUUUCAACUACGCAAAGUGCAAGCAAAGAGGAGCAAUGGCAUCGUAUGGAAGCACGCCACAAUGACCUAACCAAACAACUACAGGAGUUGCAGCUCGCAAUGGACAAUGUUAAACGACUGUCCUACCCACAAAGUGCUCCAGUGUAUCAGCCACCCUAUCCUCCACAGUUCACUAGCGUGCCAAAGCUAACCCUGGACAGUCCUGCUAGCAGCCAUUGGUCAACACCAGUACACAGCCCCACUCGCUACACUACUGUAGUUGAUGGAGAGCCCCCACAGCAGCCAAUGUCACAGCACAGCUCCCCAUCACGACAGCCUAGUCUUCAACUGCAGACCGGGGAGCCAGGUACACAAGACCAAGCCAUGCUUAGCCAGCCAGUUCAUCAGGCCUCGGCACAAGUACCGGUUGAUAACGGAUGGAUUUCCAAUCCCAUCUCCGUACCCCAUACUCCAAAUAGACAGAAUGGACAACUGCUAUGGUCUGUGUCACAGCCCAUUAUGCCUCAGGCUCCGCCAACACAGCCCAUUAACCAUCUACCUCCUGUCCAACAGAGUAACCCUUUCCCUCAUCCUCCUUUCAUAUAUCAGUCCUACCCUCAGUACCCUGCCUAUGCACCUGCAGUUCAACACUACCAGCAUUACCCAUCAGUCCUGCCAGCUACACAAAUGACUACAAUGCUAACGCAAACACCUAACAGGCAAACCGUCCUACCAUCGGAACCUACAGCUCCUGGCAUCUUGGAAAUGGCCAUUGCCUCCUCCUACGGCAUUCCAAAGCCCAAGCUUAUCCCAUUCAGCUCUGGCAAGGAGAGUGACUUCAUAAUGAUGAAGAAGGGACUGGACAGUGUGCUAGGUCCACACAAGCACCUAACCGAGGACUACAAGUACCAAGUGCUCCUCGACCUCCUCAAACUACCAAACGCCUAUCAGGUGGCAAAGAGGUAUGUCAACGACCGAACGCCAUACACCAGUACUAUGCACGCCCUUGAACAGCGCUACGGUCAGCCGCGCCAGCUUGUCCAAGGAGAGCUGAAGGCUAUCCUGAACUCUCCCCCUAUCAAGCUAGGUGACGCACAGGCCUUUGAGGACUUCUCAUACGCUGUCAGCACCUUAGUGGGCCUGCUAAGUACUAUCGAUGGUUCCUCUCGAGCUGAGCUGAGAUGUGGCUCUCAUGUGGACACACUGCUGAGCAAGCUGCCCGCCACCUACAGAGACCGCUUCGCAGAGUAUUGCAUAGCUAAAGGGAUCAUCCGCAGUGGCAGUGACCGGACAUACACACUCCCUGAUUUUGCAGAUUGGCUGGAACGCAAGGCACAAGCUAUUCAGGUGGCAAGACGUGCUACAGAAGCAUCCACACCUGAAGUCACUCAGCCCGAGCGCAGGCACAAGACCGCUAAGAGCCAACCACUUAAGUCUGCUACUAUCUAUGUGACUAACCAGCCUGAGAACUCAAAGCCACCACAAGGUUCUGCUAUCUUCCCAGCCAGUUCUAAUCCCGGCCAAGCAUCCAAGAAGCGAGAGCGCUUUAAGCCCUAUUGCCCUUACUGCUCCAACCAAGAACACUACCUCAGUGCCUGUACAGAGUUCGCUAAGCUCAGUACAGCUGAGAAAGGUACUUGGAUUAAAGAGAAGAGUAAAUGCUGGCGAUGUGGGCGUGGACACAAGCCGGAGAGCUGCACAUUGAAGAAGCCAUGCUCCACCUGCAAUGAGCAACACCUUCUUGUCCUGCAUGAAGUGGCCACCAAAGCCUGCCAGAGCCUUUUCACAGUUGCUACAUCUUCCAGCAUGGUGUACGUCAGCCAGUCCAGUCACUCUAGCCGUGUCAUGGUGAAGGUCGUCCCUAUCCAGCUGCACAGCGGAGGCAAGACGCUGGACACUUACGCCAUACUAGAUGACGGCUCUGAAAGAACCAUUCUCCUUCCGGCCGCUGCCAAGUAUCUUGGCCUGCAGAGGGAGAAUGAGGUUCUAUCGCUUCGCACUAUCAGACAAGAUGUAGUGAAGCUUAACGGAGCGUCGGUGUCAUUCGAGGUAUGCAACUCUAACAACACUCGAGCAAAAUACGCCAUCAGUCAUGCCUUCACUGCAGAUGAGCUCAGUCUUGCAGAACAAUCCUGCCCUGCAGAGAUGCUCAAGAGGAGGUUUAGCUAUCUCCGUGGAGUUCCAGUGCGAAGCUUCAGCUUAGUUCAGCCCUUACUCCUCAUCGGCUCCGAUCACCCACAUCUGAUCACUCCUGUGCGUCCGAUACUGAGAGGACCUCAAGGUAGUCCAGUAGCUGUGUGCACUCUGCUAGGAUGGGCCAUACAAGGACCGACCAACUUCCUGCAAGCCCCCUCCACAGAGACGUCAUGUCUCCAAGCAGCAUUCCAGUCUCCCAAUCAAGAUCUACAUCAGCAUGUUGAGAUGCUCUGGCAAGUCGACACCCUGCCGUUUCGUUCUGAGAAAGAAGCAACACGCUCCAAGCAAGAUCAGCUGGCUGUCAACACACUGGAACAGCGAACUGUCCGUGUCACUGUAGAUGGUAUAGCUCGCUACGCUACACCUCUACUGCCAUAG